GCAUCAUAGUGGCUUGGAUUGGCUUUGUACUUAUUGAAAUUUCCAGGAAUGGUAUUAGCAACUCUCCAUAUUAUUUCUUAGCUGAUUCAACUUAUAUACACCAAUAAUUUGGUAUUACCAAAUUACUGGUACCAGACCGAACUUUGGAAGUUUGAUAGUUGGUAUCUAUUUUCAAUUACCAAUUAUAGAAUUACCGAAACCGAACAUUGGAAAUACCAAACGCCCACCCCUAACCUUAAUUCCCUCCUUAUUAUCUCUAUCCACAGGCCGAUACAUUCCACAAAAUCUCAAUGGCUUCGAAACUCUCUUCUCGUUUAGCUUCUCGUCUAGCUUCCCAUUUCCUUCGUUCUGCCAUCAUUGGCACCGCUUCCACUACCACCGCCACUCUCCCCAAAUCUCACCCUUUGAUUUCAGUUUUCCGCCACCAGUCACAGCCCUUAGUAUUUCCCCAUUUCAAUACCAACCAAACUGUUUUCACCCUCAGAUCCUUCUCCACACUCUCCCGGCCCGCACGAUCCCACCGUUCAGCUCGGCCUGAUAUCGCAGCCAAAGCUCGGCAACUCCAAACCCGCCGUCUGUGGACCUAUGCCAUUACCUUCAGCUGCAUAGCAGGAUUCAUAGUAAUAGUCCUUAACCAAUUCCAAGACCAACUUGUAUUCUAUUUAACCCCAUCAGAUGCUCUAGCAAAACAUGCUGAAAACCCUACAAGAUCCAAAUUUCGACUUGGUGGAUUAGUACUAGAAAAUAGUGUAACACCAAUACCCAAUUCCCCAGAAAUGGAAUUUGUGAUAACUGAUUUGAUUACUGAUAUUUUGGUUAAGUAUGACGGGUCGUUACCAGAUCUUUUUCGGGAAGGGCAUUCCGUUGUAGUAGAAGGGUUUAUAAAGCCAUUUACCGAGGAGAUGAAGAAGAAAGAGAAUGAAAUCUUGAGUGAGAAAAAGUUACAGGUAACUGAGAAGGCGAGAAGUGGGAAUUGUUAUUUUGGAGCUACUGAAGUGUUGGCUAAACACGAUGAGAAGUAUAUGCCUCCUGAAGUUGCAGCUGCACUUGAGAAGAAUAAGCAGUUGCUUAGUCAGAUGGAACGGAAUGAGGAAGAGGGUGAUGAUGCAGCGCCUCCAGCUAUUGCGAGGGCGUAAGGCUCAGCCAAUUAUAGA